AUGGAUGAGGUGUUGAAUCGAUUGUGCUUUUUGGAUAGACGUGGUGCGGCGUGGACGUGGGCGGGGAUGAACUGGGGGAAGGGGGCGGCGGAGGCGCGGUGGGAGGAUGGUAGAGAGGUUGAAGAGCCUGGCGGACGAAGAGGGAGUAAUUUUGUGGCGAACUACUUUAGAACUGAGCUCAAUGUUGGUUUCGGCCAACCUACCUCCGGCCACCGCGACACCGUCAUCGGCUCGCGCCUAAUCCCCCGCCCCGUAAUGGAGGACGAUUCAGCAGCCUACAUGGCCACCCUCAUGCACGCGCUCAACGGCAGCACCGCACUUCUCGGGCAUCUCGUCGGCGGCGGCAAGGUUGCGGCGAACAGGGGGCUCGACACGGCGCUGAAUCCGGCGUCAUGGAGAGACGCGCUGGCGCUAUGUGGGGAGGAGGCGAGGAGGCAGGCGAGGGUUGAUACGACGGAGAAGGUGGCGAGGCUCAGGGAGUUGACGCCGGAGUUGGGGGCGUAUAUGAUCCGUGAAAUCUGA